AAAGGUUGUUCAUAGCAACGUCGCAACUAAAGAGUGCAACACGUAUUUUACGCAGCUCACACAAUACAACAAUAAUAUAGCAUACGGAUUUUAAAAUCGGCAUUGAACACAAAUACCAGCCAAUACAGAAAUACGAAAAAAUGAACUCGCAAAGCUACACACUUACGGCGACGAAUAAAACUGGCAAUGUUCAAACACGUAAAGCAGGCGCUUACAACGUAUCUGCAAAAAUCGAUACAGGCCUAAAGUCCUCUACAAAACGAAGUUCUGCCGCUGCUGUUAGCAAUGCAGUUGACGCCGGCUCACGUAGAAGUAUUACGCGCGGGACCGGAGAACUUGUCCAGCGUCACUACGACCCUGGCGUCAAACUCGAUAAAACCAGCGGUACGGGAGACUGCUCCCAACCUCGAUAUGCUAAACCAGCAACUGACGGCACCAUUGACAACAGCGCCGCGAUUGUGCGGGCUGCCUCCAUAAAUGGCAACAUGGUAGACAGAGGCUCGCCAGUCGUCCAUGAUCGUGAACAUGGGGGAAGCAGCAAGAGCGACCAUAUGAAAACUGCCGCAAAGUUCCCGUGCAGUGAGGCUGAAGUGGAUGCCCGAUUACAGGAUAUGCUACAGGACCUACGGGAAUCGGUGUUACAAAAGGCUACGGUCCACCAUUCGACAGACGACACGCAGAGCGACGGAUCCUUCUACGUGUCGCCGUGCGAGAGUUUCCUCGCCGACGAAGCCGCCAUGGAGCAGGAAGACGAGAUGGAGCGACAAGCUUUAGCCGACAGAAUUAUUGCCUGUCGCAGGAUGGCAAAACCCAGACCGACUAUUGACAGAUAUCGCGCUCCCCCGACGAAGAUCCCUAUGCCUGUUUGGCACUUGCGCAGCAGACAAAAAGAGGAGCAGAACGACAUGCUCAAGAGUGAGUCCUCCAUCUACGCAAUACAGGAGUAGAACCGUGCGACCGAAUGGAUUAAAUGCAUCGUUUUCAGUGUGUUUAAUGAAAAUAAAAAAUAAUACAUUA